AUGUCGUCGAUUAAAUUAAAUUUAGUAUUGUGCAGUGUAUUAUUUUGCAUUUUGGUGUGCGUCAACACACAGUCCGUGCACAGACGCUUUGAAUACAAAUAUUCGUUCAAGCCGCCGUAUUUAGCGCAAAAAGAUGGAUCCGUUCCUUUCUGGGAGUACGGAGGCAACGCCAUAGCAUCAGGGGAGAGCGUCAGACUGGCGCCGUCGCUCCGGAGCCAGAAGGGAGCGAUCUGGUCGAAGCAGCCACUCAACUUCGACUGGUGGGAGAUCGACAUCAUGUUCAAGGUCACCGGACGAGGCAGGAUAGGAGCUGAUGGGCUGGCGUUCUGGUACACCACCCAGCGCGGUGACUACACGGGCGAGGUGUUCGGCUCCUCGGACAGGUGGAACGGUCUGGCCGUCAUCUUCGACUCGUUCGACAAUGACAACAAACACAACAACCCGUACAUCAUGGCCGUGCUCAAUGACGGCACCAAGGUCUUUGACCAUAAGAGCGACGGCUCCCAGCAGCUCCUGUCUGGUUGCCUGCGCGACUUCCGCAACAAGCCGUUCCCGACGCGCGCCCGCAUCGAGUACUACCUCAACACUCUCACUGUCUACUUCCACAAUGGAAUGACGAACAACGAGGCGGACUACGAGCUGUGUUUCCGUGCUGAGAACGUAGUCCUCCCCCGCGGAGGAUACCUCGGCCUGUCCGCCGCCACCGGGGGACUGGCGGACGACCACGACGUCAUACAUCUACUCACCACCUCGCUCCACACGCAGCAACAGACUGGCGGCGGUCAGCAGAUGAGCACUGACGAGCAACAGAAGCUGUCGCAGGAGUACCAGGAGUACCAGAAGAAGCUGGAGCAGCAGAAGGAAGAGUACAGGAAGGAACAUCCUGAUGAGGUGCGCGACAAGGACGGCGAGUUCGACGACUGGUUCGAGUCGGACGCUCAGCGCGAGCUGCGACAGAUCUUCCAAGGACAGAACCAGAUACACGACGUGUUGAGGGGACUUAACAAGAAGAUUGAUGAGGUGAUAGGCAAGCAGAUGAACUCCCUGUCGAUGUUGACGGCCGUGUACUCCCACACGCAGGGACAGCCGCUGCAGCCCGGCGCCGCGCCGCCCGCGCAGAUGCCAGCGCUGCCAAUAGGUCGCCACGACUGGGACGCGCUCGUGGCCAACAACCAGAUCAUGAUCAACACCAUCGCGGAGCUCAAAGGCUUCAUAAUCGAGGUGUCUCGUAAAUCGGACGCGAUGGUGGCCGGCGGUGGCAGCGGUGGCAGUGCCAUCAACCCGCAGUUCCUCAACGAGAUGAGAGACUCCAUCAACCAGGUCAAGGCUACCGUCACUGGAGUCGCGCAGAGGAUAUCGUCGGGCAGUCCCCAGUCGCAGCCGAUGUCUUCGUGUCCGGAGGCGAGCUGCGUGAGCUUCACCGGCCUCCUCGUCGUCGUGGCCGCGCAACUCACGCUCAUGUUGUUCUACGCCAUCUACAAAGAAAGAAAAGAAGCGCAAGCGAAGAAAUUCUUCUAA